CAGCCUGCUUCACUACGAUGCGAAUUUUGUCUACGCGACUUUGGCAACAUUGGAGCUCUCGCAUGCCAUAAAAAGUUCCAACAUCCACCUGGAACUCCAAUUCCGCCAACAACAAUACAAGUAACGUUUCCACGAAAUAAGAAACGCCAGCGAGAUACGUCGCCAACACCGGAGCGUGAGAACAGAGAAAAAGUCCAAUGCGGAGUCUGCCAGAAGUUCUACGCCCACCUAGACUCCCUCGUAAUACACUGCAGAAAAUUCCAUUAUAGACAGGGAAUGUCAACAAAUCAAAUUCCACCCCAACGCAAGAUACAAGACAACAAAAACAAGAGACCUUCCGGCAUUAGUCUGCCCCUCAUGCGGUCGUCAGUGUAUAUGAGUAAGUCAGGCCUAACUCUACACCUAGUGUCACGACACGGAUAUCAACCCACUCACGCACACCAGUCAACGCGACGAAUGCGAAGAAAUAGCUCUGCACCUCUUGUGUUGCCCCGCUCUUCAUCCACUGCGAGUUCAAUUUGCGAUAAUUGA